AUGUAUGUGGAUGGAUCAGGCCCGAAGGUCGGAUCAGGCUUCUUCCUCGGAGAGAUUCUCACCACGAUCCCUCUUCCCGCCGACGAGGUCAAGAGGAGCAGGGCAGGGUGCGGGAAGUGUAGCAAGUGCAUGACGGCAUGUCCCACGAACGCGUUUGUUGGGGAGCACGUGCUGGAUGCGAGGAAAUGCAUCAGCUAUCUGACCAUAGAGAACAAGGGCAGCAUCCCACACGAGCUACGGGAGCCGAUGGGCAACAGGAUCUACGGCUGUGACGUCUGCCAGCAGGUCUGCCCAUGGAACAAGUUCGAAUGGGGAGAUAUCGCAGGCUCUCCUCUCUUCGGGCAGGUCGAUCUGUCCGUCAGUGCGCCCAAGUUACAGGACCUCCUGCUCAUGUCGGAAGACUCAUUCCUCCAGACCUUCUCCUCUUCUCCCAUCAAGCGCAUCGGCCUCGCGCGGUUCAUCAGGAACGUCGCAGUGGCGGCUGGGAACUCGAGGAACAAGCUGCUGGUGCCUGUUGUGGAGGAGGCGUUGAGAGCAUGGGCGGGCAAGGACGAGAUGGUCGCUGAGCACCUCGAGUGGGCGAAAAGCAGAUUGAUGGCGGCGAGCGGGGAGGAGGAGGCGACGAAGAAGGAAGGGACGCAGGGAGGAGAGACGAAGGGAGAAGAGCAGAGGAGAACAGAGUAG